AUGGCUUCAGGAUACGGACUUGCUGGUGGCCCAUCCCGCUGCUUCCCCUUCUGGCAAGAAGUCCUCGCAUGCUACACGACCAACACAAACGCCGAGGACGACUCUGGCAAGGCAAAAUGCGCCCCCGUCCUUGAGGACUACUACGAGUGCCUUCACCACAAGAAGGAGGCUGCCCGUACCCUCGCCCUCCAAGCCGCGUACCGCAAAGCCGAAGCCAACAUAAAACGCGACGACGCACCGUCUGCGGGCGAGAUAAGGCGAUUGGGUGUGUUGGAUGCGCCGCUUGAGGAGAAGAACCUUAAGCCGAGCAAGUGGUUCCCUCAUAAGGAGAUCAAUUAG